UCCCGGGCUGGGCUGGCGGCCGCGGCUGGGGAACUUCAAUCCCCGGUGUGGGCUCGGGGCUACGGCGGGCGGGCUGCAGGCACCGGCGGGGAGCGCGGGGCUGCGGCAGGUACCAGCGGGGCGCGGGGAAGCUGCCGCGGCCCGACGGGCGGCAGGUACAGAAGAUUCUCUGCCCUUCUCCAGUUGUCAGAGUUGAUUGCAUCCUACUGAGCUUCCAGGCUUCUGUUGGAGUCAAAGUGUAAAUUGUGACAAUGACAACUGAAGUUGGCUCAGAGACUGAAGUAAAGAAAGAUUCUGAGCAGCUGGGACCAGACAAAGCCAAGGACAAGCCUGAAGGAGCGGCAAAGACUCCAGAGAAUCAAAAGUCCAGUGGAACAUCCUCUGAAGAAGCUCAAGAUUCUUCCCCUGUCCCAGCACCAGCUAGCCCAAGCAGCCAGAAGAAGGAGAAAGCUCCAUCUGAAAGCAAGGGUAUUUCUCGUUUCCUGCCCCCCUGGCUCAAGAAACAAAAGUCCUACACCUUGGCAGAGCCCAAAGAUGAGCACAAGAAGAAGGCCACAGGGGAAGAGCAAGUAGUUGAAGAAAGUGAAAGCCAGACAGCAGAGGGGGUGGCUCAGCUGAAAAGGAGCUCAGAAGAAGCAGCAGAUGAAAAUCAGCAUCAUGCUAAAGCAGACAAAGAGACAAACCACUCCAUCAGUACUGCUGAGACACAGCCUGCCAAAGAAGAUGGGAAAGAAGUGGAAGUAGAGAAAGUUGCAGAGGAAAAGGAAGAAAAACAAGAAGAAGACAAAAGGGAGACAAAAGAAGUGCAGACAGCUGAAAUGAAAGCAGAAAACCUGCCACAGAAGGCUCCCAAGAAAAUCAAAACUGUGGCCUGUAAAGUGGUGCUGCUGGAUGGCAUGGAGUACAGCUGUGACCUAGAGAAAAGAGCAAAAGGCCAAGUGCUGUUUGACAAAGUGUGUGAACAUCUCAACCUCCUGGAAAAGGACUAUUUUGGGCUCUUGUUCUUUGAGAACUCGGAGCAGAAGAACUGGCUGGAUCCUGCAAAGGAAAUCAAGAGACAAAUCCGAAGUUUGCCUUGGAUAUUCUCCUUUAAUGUGAAGUUUUAUCCUCCUGACCCUUCCCAGUUGACUGAAGACAUCACUAGAUAUUUCUUGUGCCUACAGCUCCGCCAGGACAUCGCCUCGGGCCGCCUGCCCUGCUCCUUUGUGACUCAUGCCCUGCUGGGCUCCUACACCCUGCAGGCUGAGCUGGGGGACCAUGACCCAGAGGAGCACCGCAGUGACUACAUCAGUGAAUUCCAGUUUGCACCCAACCAGACUCCGGAGAUGGAAGAGAAAGUCGCUGAGCUACACAAAACACACAGGGGCUUGACUCCAGCACAGGCGGAUUCCCAGUUCCUAGAGAAUGCUAAGAGACUCUCCAUGUAUGGAGUGGAUUUACAUCAUGCCAAGGACUCUGAAGGUGUGGACAUCAUGCUGGGGGUGUGUGCUAACGGGCUGCUGAUUUACAAGGACAGGCUGCGGAUCAACCGCUUCGCCUGGCCAAAGAUCCUCAAGAUCUCCUACAAGCGAAGUAACUUCUACAUCAAAGUCAGGCCAGCAGAACUGGAACAGUUUGAGAGCACCAUUGGGUUCAAGCUGCCAAACCAUCGUGCUGCCAAGAGGCUAUGGAAGGUCUGUGUGGAGCACCAUACUUUCUUCAGGCUGGUGUCCCCGGAGCAGCCUGCCAAGGCCAAGUUCCUGCGGCUGGGCUCCAAGUUCCGCUACAGCGGGCGCACGCAGGCGCAGUCGCGGCAGGCCAGCAGCCUCAUCGACCGCCCGGCGCCCUCCUUCCCGCGCUCGGCCAGCAAGCGCGGCUCCCGCAGCCUCGACGGAGCUCCCAUGGGUCUAAGAGACUUCUCUGCUGCAGGAGGCCAGGCUGCUGGAGUUAAAAUCCUUGACAUAGAAGCUGCUGGUCAGGCCAAGUUGAAAGAAGGUGGCAAAGAAGAAGAUGGAAGCCCACUCAAAACUCCCCAGUUAGAGCUGACUCAGGAUGGAAAGAAUUUUUUUCUUCAGCUCAGCCACAUACACUCAUCAUCAUCACUGCCCAUCCAUCCUGUCUCAUCCCACCUCAGACACCUCUCCCCUGUGCCCGAGGUGGACAUGCUUUCAGAUAUCUCGGAGGAAGAUCCCUUAGGGGAGCCCCUCCUUACCAUGACAGACACCUCAGAGUGCAGUUCCCUGAAAGAAACACCAGACCAUAGCACAAAUGAAACAGCUUCACUGAACAUCUUUGACUCCAUGAGGCCCCUAGCUAGUGCAGGCUCCCCUGCUGUGGAGGGCAGAGUCCUGCCAGAUGCCUACAAGGGCACUGAGCUGUGUGUCUCGCUCAGCCUGUUCAGAUGCUUCUCCUUCCGCUGCCGUUCUCUCCUGGAUGAGGAUGGCUAUAUCACCCUGCCCAGCCUUCCUGAUGUGUGCAUCUCUUUCCUCCCACCUGCCCUUCAGCACUAUAUUCCUAUUACCUCUCCUUCCUUCAUCCCCUCUUUUCUCCUUAUCUUCGUGCUGCUUCUCUCUGCUUUCCAGUCCAUUCCUUUUUCGCUCACCUUUUCCCUUCCUCUCGCUCUGUCCCUCUGCUACCUGGAGCCUAAGGUCACUUCCUUUAGUGCCUCUACUGGCAGUGACCGAAGUGACAAGGCAGAGGAAGAAGAGCUGUGUAACUUUCUUCCAUUCUGCGCCAAUAUAGGUGAAGGAAGACCAAAGUGGCGCAGAGUGUCGGCAGCCGGGGCCGGGCCAGAGAAGAGCAAUUCCUUGAGAGUAGACGGGGAAAAUAUUUAUGUCAGACAUAGCAAUUUAAUGUUGGAGGAGCUGGAUAAGACCCAGGAGGACUUACUGAAACACCAGGCUAGCAUUAGUGAGCUCAAGCGCAAUUUCAUGGAGUCCACACCCGAGCCGCGCCCCAACGAGUGGGAGAAGCGCCGCAUCACCCCUCUGGCCCUCCAGACACCAGGGAGUUCACAUGAGACUCUGGACAUAGUGGAGGAGAAGAAGCAGGCAGAGGUUGGGAUAGAAGAAACACUAGUCGUAGAGGAAGCCAACAAAGGGAAAGUGCAAGUUGCCACUGAUGCUGGGGAGACAUGUAAGGUGGAACACCUGUCAAAAAAGGACUCCUCAUCAUUACCAUCAGAUAGUAGCAGCAGCAGCAGCAGUAGUAGUGAGAGUGAGGAUGAAGAGGUGGGAGAAUACCAGCCACAUCAUAGGGCAAUUGAGGAAGUCAUCAGGGAAGAACAGGAAGAAGAGGAAGAUGUGAAAAGGAAAGGACACGAAGAAAAAACGCAGCAUGUGGAAGCCACACCAGAAGGCAGUAAACUAAAUGUACCAGUUGAGCAGACACCAGUUGCAGCUGAAGAUUUGGCCCAGGAAAAUGCAGUUACCAUAGCUACAGAAGAGAAGAAUUUGGCAGAGGAAAUUAAGCAAGAUUUAGGUGAAGAAAAAGAGGAAGAACAGCUCAGAGUCAACGGAGAUGUGUCUCACGUUGACAUUGAUGUUGCACCACAAAUAAUUUGUUGUUCUGAGCCUCCAGUAGUGAAAACAGAGAUGGUAACCAUUUCAGAUGCCACCCAGAGGACUGAAAUCUCCACUAAAGAAGUCCCCAUUGUCCAGACUGAAACAAAAACUAUCUCCUAUGAGUCUCCACAGUUUGAUGGCAGUGCUGGGGACAGUGCUGGAGUGAUGCUGAGCACCCAGACAGUUACAUCAGAGCCCAUUUCCACUACCACAACUACACACAUCACUAAGAUGGUCAAGGGUGGGGUGUCAGAAACAAGGAUUGAGAAGCGCAUCGUCAUCACUGGAGAUGCAGACAUUGACCAUGAUGAGGCCCUGGCACAGGCAAUAAAAGAAGCCAAAGAACAGCACCCAGACAUGUCUGUGACAAGAGUGGUGGUGCACAAAGAAACUGAACUUGCUGAGGAGGAUGAAGAGUGAAAUCCCAAACACCCUCAAGCAGUUA